AUGGCCGGUAAAAAGAGGCCCCAGACUGACCUCGUGGUGCCCGAGGCUGUUUCUGCCUCGGACGCCUCCCGUGAUGAUGCCGCCGUCGCCGAGGCACCGGCGAAGAAGAAGAAGCUGGCCAUGGAGAGAAAGAAGCAGAGGAAGGAGUCCGACGCCGCCAAGCCGCCGCGGGAGGCGCGGCGCGCGGCGGCCGGUCUGCGGCGAGCUCGCACGGCGGCGUCCAAGGCGCGGAGCCAGCGAAUCGGGCUGAGCGCUCACCGGAGCAGCAGCACCCACCGCAGCGCGCUGUCACACCCGGGUGUGACACGCGCCGAGGAGGCGCGGCGUGCACAGCCGCUCCGCGCUCUCCCCUUCACUCUCCGCGGACCCAUGGCGACCAGGCCAUCCCUCUCCAUGGCGGCCAGGCUGGCGGCGCCUCCCUCGCAACCUCCAAGCGGCGGCAGGCACGACCUCCUUCCCUCCCAGCCUCCUCCACGGCGAGCGGCGCGGCUACGGUGCGGCGGCGGCGGACCCCGCGGCGAGCACCUGUCUCCGCGAGCUCCUGCGGCAUGGUGGCCUCCGCCCUGCUCCUUUACCCUGGAUCCGGCCGUCGAGGCGAGCCGGGGCAGCCGGCGUGAGGUGGCGAGGCCCGCGCGCGGCGUCGCAGCCCGCGCCCGGCGGAGCUGCGGCAAGGCGAAGCGGCGGCGCGCGCGCAUGUGA